AAAAUAUUGAGCGCCUUGAUUUGAUUUUUGCAGUAGUUGAUGUUUUUGUCUCUUCCAAAUUAACAAUUUUCAUGAAUAAUAUUGCACAGUCACAGUGAUUAGCCGUAUAACACAAACAUAGCAGACAAAUAUUGUCUAUGUGAGCCACCAGUCUGUGGCAGGCAGCCCAUGGUCUAAUCCAUCAGGACCAUGUCUUCAUACAGAAGUUUCAAUCAUCAGUCUAAAUCAUCGACAAGUAGUUCUGCUAGCACAGAAGAUGGUGACACGGGUGGCUUGACGUAUCAACAAAUGUUGUACAAGAACUCUUAUCGAAACAAAUUGCCAACUUCAUCUACAAAGAAGGGGUACCCGGGGCGUGGAAACUACGUAGGCAUGCCGCGCCGUGUUGUCUAUUCGGAUCUACAUGAGCUUGAUGACAGUGAUGAUAGCGAUACUGGUUCCCAGGCCAGCCUGCACUCACUGGAAGACGCAGAGAAGACAGGGAAUACGAAUUCACUAAGUAUCUACUCUUUUGAUCGACGCUUCCCCUUUAUGAAGAGUGCUGUCUCAGCACCUGUAAAUGAGACUGCAGACCUCAAGGCAGCAUCAAGGUCCGUUGCUGUAAAGCCAGAAGACAUGAGCAGCAGCAAAGAUGCUCCUGCAAACCACCUACAUAGACCACUGCAACCAUCUUUUACUGGGUCGAAUUCUGCUUUCGUUGCUGUUAAAAAGAUCACACCCAUGCCACACUGUGAUGUCAGCGCUCCAGGCGCAUCACGUGAUGUUUUCGGCACUGCACACCUAGAAAGUCAUGACUUUAAUCAACAGCAGAGAGAAGAAAUGUACCAGUCCGUAGACAAAAGCAGCGACAUUAAUUCGAAACUCGCUUCACCUUCUAGAGGAGGUCAAGUGAAAACUCCUCCAGCGACGCCGACGAAAAACCACAAGUUUGUGAACAGCGUUCACAAGGUCAUGCCUGCCGGCGAAUCCCACGUGAGCUCUGCCUUGAAAGCUGCAGGAGAGUUCAGCGAACGAAAGGCCGGUAAGGUGAACAGACAACCGCUGUCGGAAUUGAGCAACGGGAGAGACGCGGCACUGUCAAGAGACAAAUACGCAAUGCCGUCGGAUGGCAAGCCGCAUGCUGUGAGAAAGACUGUCAGUUACAGCGUGGUGCCGUCAGGCAGUGCCUCGUCACACACGCGGACGCCAGCGGAGAAGAGUAGUGGCGACCUCGGCUUAUUUACGUGUCGCGGCGUUGACGCGGUGGGGCCAUUAUCGAGACAAAAGAGCAUGCCUUCUCUGGGCAGAGUGUCGAGUACAUCGCUGACGCCUGCGAUCGCCGCUGGCAACCGCGACAAAGAAAAUGUGCGUGUGGAGAGAAGAAGCGAGCGUGGGAAUGAGGCGACUCCAAUUGCUACGACCUGGGCAGAGCCUGUCAGGGAGUUAUCCGAAGCUUCCAGGGAUUUGUCGGCUAAACAUACGGACUCUCGUGCCCGGAUGGAUUUACUGUUUGAAGGCGGAGGCGAAAUUGCUGCAUCCGCAAUGCGCAGCCAUGGCAACCGCGGCAUAUAUCCACCAGCCCUACGCGCAGGACAUACAAGCAGCAUCCGUAGCAGAACUGCAGUCAGCCAUCAUAAUCUACUCCCGGGCAUGUCUGCAAAGACUGCCCUUAUUAGACCAGAACCUGUGAGUCAGCAAGACAACCACACUGGUGGUCAGAAGUCUACCCCGCAGCUACUGGCACAGGGUUCUACUGGUAGUAUGUCAAAUGUGUCGGUGUCAGCAACCACGUUCAGCGGCCAGGAUGUUUCAUCCAGUCUGCAGCUUAGCAGUCAGCCAUUCCAGGUCAUCCACAAUGGGGUUAAAAUGACUGUAGUUCCGGCUACAGCUUGUCCGACACCGACAACGGAGCAGACGGCGACGUCGGCCACUCAGCAUGCGGCCGCCUCAUCUCUGAUUCGGGACCUGGGUAAGGACAUCAUCACGAUCAAUGGGAAGUCCUACAUUGUCUUCACACUGCUCGGCAAGGGAGGGUCCAGCAAGGUGUACCAAGUGCUAGACAGUGAGAAGAAGCGCUAUUUGGCUGUCAAAUGUGUAGACCUAGAUGGCGCUGAUGAUGUGACUAUUAAGUCGUAUGAGAAUGAGAUAACACUACUGCGCAGGCUGGAGUACAGUGGAAAGGUCAUCAAGCUUCACGACUAUGAGUACAACAAGCAGCAGAAGUGCCUUUAUCUGCUGAUGGAGUCCGGUGACACCGAUCUCGCCGUGUGGCUGCGCAGUCGCAACAAGACGGGACAGAACACGCACGAGAUGCGCAUGUACUAUUGGGCCGAGAUGCUCAAGUGCGUCGCGAUCAUACACAAAGAAGGGAUUGUCCACUCUGAUCUGAAGCCAGCCAACUUCCUCAUUGUGAGAGGUGAAUUGAAACUGAUCGAUUUUGGGAUUGCAAAUGCCAUUCAGAAGGACAAGACAAGCAUCACCAAGGAUUAUCAGAUGGGAACACUAAAUUAUAUGAGUCCUGAGGCCAUCCAGGAUACAUCGGAUCCAUUCCAAUAUGAGGCCGGUGGGAACAAGAAACACAUCUACAAGGUCGGAGUGAAGGCGGACGUGUGGUCGCUGGGAUGCAUCCUCUACAACAUGGCGUAUGGGAAGACUCCCUUCCAGCACAUCACGAACCAGAUAGCAAAGCUGCAGGCCAUCAUAAACCCGGCUUACGACAUCAAGUACCCCGACUGUGGGGAACCCGAACUUGUAGACACGCUGAAGAAAUGUCUCGACAGGGACCCAAAGAAGAGAGCAUCCAUCGCUGAUUUACUGAAUCAUCCAUAUCUUAACAAGAAACGAGCCGCUGAUGUCAGUACGUUGACGGAAGACAAGCUGAAGAAGAUACUGCUGCAGAUCCAGCAAGCAGACGUAAACUCACCCACGACACUAUCGGCCAUUACAAGGGGAGUGAUUCAGAACCUGCAGUCUGGAAAAGAAGUUGACAUAUCUUCCAUUCUCAGCAAGAGACAGGCUGCACAGAGUGGUUCCAGCUCACCAGUGUGACGAUUCAACCACGGGUGCAGUGACACGCACAUCUUGCACAAAAGUGACGACGCAGAGAGAGAGAGAGAGAGCGAAAGAGAGAUUAGGGGAGGGUAAAACACAGAGUGAGUGAGAGAGAGAGAGCUGGAGUUAUAAACUCUACGGGAAGGUGCCUACGUGCAGGGCAAGCUUAAUUAGCUCGUAAUGGUGAGGGUGGUUACUUUGUGAUCACCAGUCGUUCACUGUUAUGAGUUUAUUUGGAUCUGUGAUUACCAACGCUAUUAUAUAUAUUUAGUUAAAAAUACACAACCACACCACAUGGUAGUGAAGUUCCAAAAGAAAUAUUUAGUUCUAAAUUGCUAAUAUUUGUGUAAUAGUGAACCAAAUAACAAGAUGGAUUUCUGUAGCGUAUUUAAUUUGUCUAUUAACGACAACAAAUCAAGUUACAGUAUUGCUAUUUCUUUCGUGCACGUUAAUUUCUAUAUAAUAAUUUUAAGGUAUAUAUACCCUACAAGAUAAAUGUAUAUCUCGUAGUUACCACUGAAAUAUUGAUAGCAGCAAAGAUGAGAAUAAUUUCUGUAAAGAAAAGAUUGGGAGAAAGUGGCCACUUCAGUAUAAAUAUUUCCCAUUUCUUAUCACUGAUUAAAAUCGGCAUCCAAAAUUUAUGAUCUUGUCAUAAAUUUUAUGCUUGGGCUCUCAUGACUACCUCAGGAGGGAAAAUGCGAUCAGGUUAAAUUUCACACAUGUUUACUGGGCUAGUAGAGAUUUCCCCUUCAUGGCUAGACAUGUUGUAAUUGAAAAUGUGGUAUCGCUUUUGUGAUUGAUAUAAGAUGACAUAUUAAAGGUGAUUUGCAAGGCAUUGACCCAUGUGGAGAGUUUGUUGGCGUCGUCCUGGAGAAAUUGAUCUGUCUUGUUGGACUGUCUUGAAGUCGGAAGACUUGACCUCGCUAUAUACACUAUAUGUUGCAGUGAGCGAACAGACGUAUCUGUGAGGUGAUGACAUAAGUCUUUGUAUAUACACAUUGGCUCCAGAACAAUACCGUGUGAGCUUUCACUUGCUGUACCUUCGCAGGUUUGCUAUGGAUGCCACGUAUGUUAGAACGGUUUUUUAGGAAGGCUCUUAUCCUACCAAGGAUGCUGUAUAGUGUUGUUUUUUGCAUCAAACUCAUUGCGGAAUUAAGGUGAAAUAUUUGACUUAUUUUUUGGUGUUUGUUGGUUUGGCCCAGUCGUGUAUAGAUGAAAUAUGGCUGGUGUGUAGGUGGUUUCCUAUGUCAUUGUUCGCCUGUUCCUUUGAGUUUAUUGAUAAUCUUGUCUAUUUUAUGCGUUAGCCACUUGAUUUUCCACCUACACUAAAAAGGCUACUUAAUUAUGGCAUGCCUUGGUCAGUUUGUUUGGAAUGUUUAUUUUCUUCAUAGCAGCGGUAAAUGAGAAUGGAUAACGGUUUCGUUUUUUUCAGUUCAGUGUAUUGUUUGCUGGGUCUAGGUGAAAUCAUUUUGUUCAUUAUGUUUAUAAUUGGUAAUAUUUGCAUGGGUGGUACCUUCCUCCUUGAUAUAUAUGUAUUUCUGUGAAUAUGCGUGUAACUACUAUUCGCGGCAUCCGAAUUAUCGACUGGAUCGGAUGUCCAGUAGUCGAGAAGCCCUGCGACCGAUUGUCAUUGGUGUAAUUUACUUUGAGGGCCCAUUUUCAGAAACACAAGCAGUUAUGACUACCAAACGUAUGAAAUGGCAUGACAUUUGCAUGACACUUCACCUCAAAAGUCACGCCAUGUUAGACUUAUGAACUCAUAACGACAACGGGCCCCUGAAGUGCGGUAACCAACCAGUGUCUAUCGUCACAAAUAUACAUAUAAACAAAAGGAUGUCAAUAUAUAA